CUCGGAUUAGUUACGCAGAACGUAGGCUACUGGUCUGAAACAAGGGGUGAUAUUAUAAGGACAAUGAUUGAUAUUGGAUUUCCCACAUUUGGUUGUUGUUUUUUGAUACAGUUCAGUAAUGCGGAUUUCAUUGAUGCGGUCAUGAUAUCCAUGGCCAUUCUCUUUUCUGUGAUAAGUGGAACUAUAGUUCCAGUGGAAGCCAUACUAAUGGGCCGACUCUUCAAUAUCUUUAUUUCGUACAACACGGCUGACCAGCUGCACCAAGUUUUGGUCUCUAUUAACGGCAAUAACACCUGUACUACAAACACAGCGCAGCAAAUUUUGAACGGUUUAGCUAACAGCAGUGAUGAGAUAUUCUGUGAUGCCACUAGAGAGGGAAAUGUCAUCAGCAGUGCCUCAAGAUUUGCCUGUGAUCCAGACACUACUCUGACAGAGGAGGCCACUGUUUUCUCUCUGUACUUUGUGUAUUUGGGUAUCGGGACAUUCGUGUUCAUGUUUUUAACUAGUACACUCUGGAACAUCAGUGCUCUAAGACAGAGCAAACGGCUAAGGAUAGCAUACUACAAAGCAGUUCUUCAUCACAGCAUUAGCUGGUUCGAGACAAAUGACGUGUCUACACUAGGACCAGACUUCCUCAAGAGCAUUGAAAAUAUCCAGGCAGGGAUUGGAAUCCAAGCUGGAAAUGUUAUUAAAGAUAUAACCACAUUCUUGUUUGGAAUUGUGUGGGCAUUCUUCAUCAACUGGAAACUGGCAUUAGUUUUGCUCGUGUUACUCCCCAUUGUGUCCACCCUCGGAGGACUCAAUAUAUUGGCAACAAAAAAGACCAGAGCCAAAACUGAAGCUACAUACUUGAAAGCUUCUUCUGUGGCCACCGAAGUCCUGUCUUCAAUCAGAACAGUUCUUGCGUUCGGUGGAGAAGAGAAAGAAAGGACAAGGUAUAGAGAUCAUGUCAAGGACGCUGAAAUCAAGGCUAUAAGAGGAUCACUAAUCACGAGUGUUCUAAUUGGGUGUGCUUUCUUCUUUGGAACAGUUAUGAUAGGAAUUUCAUUCUGGUACGGGAGCGAACUUCUGGUGAACUGUGAACUAGAGGGCGGUGAUUCAAUAACAAUAUUGACCCUUAUUCUGUUUGGAGCUUUUGCCCUGGCAGCAGCACUACCACAGCUGGGAGUUUUCAUCUCAGCCUCUAUCUCUGCUGUCUCUGUGUUUUCCAUGAUUGACGAGGUCCCCAAGAAACAACCAGUGCGGUGCAGGCCUCAGACUUGCAAGGGCAGAGUCCAGUUCUCAGGAGUGUUUUUCUCAUAUCCAGCUCGGCCUCAUGUUGAGAUUCUGAAAGGGUUGAGUCUUGAUAUUGAACCGGGUCAAAGAGUGGCCAUUGUAGGACCUAGUGGCAAUGGAAAGAGCACCAUUCUCCAACUUAUACAACAGCUGUAUAGCCCAACCUCUGGACAGAUUACAAUUGAUGGGAUUAAAAUACAGGGGUUAGACCCAGCUUGGGUCCAUCAGAACGUUGCUGUUGUACCUCAAGAACCGAUACUAUUCAAUACAACUGUGAGAGAGAACAUCCUCUUAGCUAAUUCCCAGGCCACACAGGAGGAGUUGGAAGCAGCUACUACCAGUGCUAAUGCCCACUCCUUCAUCAUUGAGCUCCCUGAUGGAUAUGAUACAUACGUUGGAGAGGGUGGGAUUCAGCUGAGUGGAGGCCAGAAGCAACGCGUAGCGAUUGCUCGUGCUCUACUUCGAAACCCAAAGAUCCUCCUACUGGACGAAGCCACCUCUGCCCUGGACAACCAGAGUGAGAGACUGGUUCAGAGUGCACUGGAGAAGGCCAGUGAAGGCCGCACUACUAUAGUUGUCGCUCAUCGACUGUCCACGGUCCAGAGCGCCGACAUGAUAGUGUGUAUAAAUUCAGGACAGGUCCAUGAAGCCGGUACUCAUGAGGAGCUCUUGAUGAAGAAAGGCUUGUAUUCAGAGCUGGUUGGUACUCAAAUAAGAGCAGCAACCAAUGGUGAAGAAUCUACUGAGCCCAAGGGACGUUCACUAAAACGAGCAACACUAUCGCUGGUGUCAAUUGGAAAGAGAAGAAAACAGAUGAAGCAACUUAGAAAUUUCAAUAGUUCCAAUCACUCUGGCUGGCUUAACUAUAUUAUUGCAGCCAAUCAGAAGAAACCUGCCCAUGAGGACUCAACCGAAAAUAUGAUACGUCAUAGGUACACCAGACUAAACCACCUCUGGAGGUUCAUUAAACCAGACCUGUGCGUUGUCAUCAUUGGUGUUCUACUGCAUGCUCUGAUUGGAGGGACAUACCCCGCCAUUGGUGCUAUAAUGGCUGAUGUCAAUGCUGUUUUCAGUGAAAGUGACCGAGACCUAAUUUCAGAGGUAUCAAGAUAUAUCUCCAUUGGUUUCAUUGGACUGGCAGCUGCAGCAGGAAUUUUCUACUUCUUAGGGACAUUUGUGGUGACAGUGAGUGGAGAGAGACUGACCAGUCGCCUGAGGGUCCAACUCUUCCAGGCCAUGUUGUACCAAUCUGUUGGCUGGCAUGAUGACGAGGUGCACACCACAGGAUCACUGACUACCAUUCUCUCCAAUGAUGCCGACAAAGUCAAAAACGAAGCUGUGUUUGGUCAUGUGUCAGGAAGUAGUCUGUACUUCCACUACCCAAGUCGUCCCGAGGUCAGAGUGCUACGUGGUCUCAGUGUCUCGGUGUCCCCUGGAGAGACCCUGGCUGUUGUCGGCUCCAGUGGCAGUGGCAAGAGCACUCUUGUCUCACUAAUUGAGAGGUUCUACUCUCCAACUGUUGGGAUUAUCACCCUUGACGGAAAGGAUAUAGCUGGUCUCAAUCUGAAGUGGCUGCGUUCUCAGAUUGGCUACGUUCAGCAGGAGCCAGUGCUAUUUGAUGCUAGUAUAUCUGACAACAUCACAUACGGUGAUCUGACUAGAGAUGUCAAUGAUGAAGAGGGUUACAAUACGAAUGUGGGAGGAGGAGGGACAUUUCUGAGUGGUGGUCAGAAGCAGAGGAUAGCCAUUGCCAGAGCUCUCGUGCGGAACCCCAAACUCCUACUUCUGGACGAGGCCACGUCGUCUCUGGAUGCAGAGAGUGAGCAGGCGGUCCAGCAGACACUGAAGAGAGCUCGGGUCGGUCGCACCACCAUCAUGGUGGCCCAUCGUCUCUCCACUGUCCGAGAUGCCAACUGCAUUGCCGUCGUACAGAAAGGCCAAGUGGUGGAGUCUGGUACUCAUGAGCAACUCAUGACUCAGAGAGGAGCAUACUACGAUCUCGUGGCUGCACAGACCUUCAAUAACUAG